GAGAAAGGAUCAGUUGAUAGUUGGCGCUGACGAGACCAGCCGUUCCAAUCUACGAACGAUUUCGUUUCCAGUGCACGUAUAUUGUGUCAAAAUGUCAAUUAAAGUGCUACUUACUCUAUUUCUGGCGUUCCUAGCUCUGGCCAACGGUGCUAACAUAUUGGAUUUCUUGGAUUUCGAGGAUGGCAAGAAAUUGAUAGAGAUACCGGAACUGCGAAAUGAUCAGCCAAAUAGAAAUUGCAUGUGUAAAGGUCCGGCUUGCGUGUGCUGUGUUGAUUUUAAUAUAACCAUCGUUGAUCUUGGAGGUCCAGGUUGUGUCCAUAUGAAGUAUGAUUCACCAGAGGAAGGUUUUUCUGUAAACGUUUCCUAUGGCAAGAACCUUAUACACAGCUCUAAAUUGCAAGGCGCAAAUCCAGCACCCAUAUGUUUAGAAGUUUUCGGAAAGUUUGCACAGGUUUGCGCUAAAUUUAAUGACCUCGCCCCAACUUCUGAUGGUCUCAGAGGUUGUCUAGAAUUAGAACCAAGACUGCUUGGAGAAGCCCAGUUGGACUUUCCUAUUGGUUGCUUUAAAUCAACUCCCGGUGGAAUGGAAAUGGAAGAUCCUCCAGAGGAGACUGAAGAGACAACUGAAGAAACUACAGCAGAAGAAAACAAUGGUUUUGACGCUGAAUCAUUUUUGAUGAAUGUUUUUCAAACAGCAGAGCAAGGAGUAGCGUUUUUAAGUAGCCUUUUAGAUUUCCCGUCAAAGAGAAAUGAAACGACUACUAUCAAACCUAUUACUAGCACCGUACAAGAGACUGAAAAUUCCCAAAGGAGAGCUCCAAAGAAUUUGAGGCAUCCAAAUCAAUUGUGAUAAUUUUAAGUGUAACUAAACUUAUGUACAAAAUCGUAUUUCCUAGAAUAGUUCAGCUUGCCAAUGUUUAUGCACUGUACUGUAAAAUCCUAUUUAUUGCUUUAAAGUCCUAAUAUUCUUUAUCAUAAUUUAAUUAUUUUUAAUAAAUUUCUACAAAAUAAAACAUAAGACCCUGAAACUAAUUUUAUUAAUUGUGAAAUAUAUACUGAAUAAAACAAAAUAAAACCAUUAAA